AUGGCUUUCCAAAAGUUCAUCAUUCCCACUCUUGCCUUCGCUGGCGCCGUUGUCGCUCAGUGUGACGGCCCGAGCAUCACAAUCGCGAGUAGCACGGAUGCCGAACAGAUCUCGAACUGCAGAACAUACGAUGGCGAUGUCAUCAUUGACGAGUCUGCCUCAGGUACUCUACAGAUUAACGGAGUGCAGCAAAUCACUGGCUCCCUCACUUGCCUCAAUGCCACACAAUUGACCUCCAUCUCGGCUGACCAGCUGGGUUCUAUCGGUGGUACCUUUGAUCUCGAGCGUCUCACCAUCCUCAGUGGCCUGUCCAUGGGCUCUCUGCAAGCUGUCAACGGCAUCAAGUUCAUCUCGCUGCCUGCUCUUCAGUCCCUCAACUUCGGUUCCGGUGUCCGCCGUGCCAACAAUGUCGAGAUCUCCGAUACAGCUCUGACCAGUCUGUCUGGCAUUGAGCUCGAGGCUGUCACGACCAUGAACAUCAACAACAACCGAUACCUGACUGAAGUGGACGUCAACAACCUGGGCAACGUCACUCGCGCCCUGACCUUCGCUGCCAAUUCUGCUCAGCUGAAGAUUAGCCUGCCCAACCUCGAGUCAGCUGCCAACCUCACCUUCAUCAACGUCUCCGAUGUCUCCAUGCCAUCGUUGUCCAAGGUUGGAGGCGCUUUCGGCACCUACUUCGCCACUUUCGAGACCUUCUCCGCCCCCAAUCUUACUAGCACUGGCAGUGACCUGGCUUUUGUCUCCUGCGGCAUGCUCACCAACCUGUCCUUCCCUCAGCUGACGACCAUUGGAGGUGGCUUCCUCAUCGCCAACAACUCUCAGCUCGAGACCAUCGACCAGUUCCCUCAGCUCAAGACUGUUGCCGGUGCUCUCAACUUCGCUGGUGUCUUUGAUAAGGUCACUUUCCCCAAAUUGGCCGAUGUCCGUGGUGGUGCCGAUAUCGAGUCCAGCACUCAGGACCAGACUCUUUGCGACGACUUCAAGAAGGCCGCCGACAGCGGUAUCAUCAAGGGCGACACUUCCUGCAAGGUGAACGAGGCCAACGCCCAGACCAACGGUAGCACCACCUCGUCCGGUGGUGGCUCUUCCUCAUCCUCAUCAAGCGCUGCUGAUGCAUCCCUCUUCGAUCCCUCCGCUCCUCUCACCGGCCUGAGUGCGCUCAUUGCCGCCAUCCUCUUCAUCUAA